UUGAAUUUUGAACCAAUCCAACACACCUUGCGGAGGUUGGCCCAUCUCUCUCUCUCUCUCUCUCUCUCUCGUUUUUCCGAAAAGAAGAAGAAGAGGUGAAAUGUUGAGCAGGAGCCGUAGCAGCAAUAUCGCCAUGGGAGCACCUUCGUUCCAUGACCUGAAGAAACAGGCCUCUUUCUUCUUCAAGGAGAAGCUCAAAACGGCGCGUUUAGCCCUCACCCAUGUCACUCCUCUUCAACUAAUGACGGAGGAAGCGACGGAUGGGAACACAUGGACACCAAACACGCAGACACUGGGUUCCAUUUCAAAGGCUGCUUUCGAGUUUGAACAUUACUCGAGGAUUGUUGAUGUCUUGCACAACAGAUUUGCAAAGUUUGAGAAGAGAAGCUGGAGAACGGCUUAUAACUCACUGAUAGUGCUUGAACAUUUGCUCACUCAUGGCCCCGAGAGCGUCUCCGAGGAGUUCCAAUGCGAUCGAGACGUUAUCUCCCAGAUGGAAACAUUCCAACACAUCGACGAAAAAGGGUUCAAUUGGGGAUUAGCAGUCAGAAAGAAAUCAGAGAAGGUGCUGAAGCUGCUCGAGAAAGGAGGGGCUCUGCUCAAAGAAGAGAGAAAACGAGCUCGGGAACUGUCACGAGGGAUUCAAGGAUUCGGUAGCUUCAACCACAAGUCAUCCUCUUCUUCUUCUUGGCCGGAGAAAGGAGUUCUUCAAGAAUCUCCGGUCUAUAGAAAGUACAAUUCCCGCUUCGAAGAACAAAACAAGGUUGGAGACAACAUAACAAACGUCACUCAAGAAGAAGAGAUGGGCGAAUCCACGCGUGUAAAGCCUCAAACCCAGGAGGAGAAACCAAAGGCAGGAUCAAGUGAAGAAUCAAGGAGCUUGAAAGAAAACGUUGCUCCCGAAGAGGAGACGGAUCCACUUCUGGGUAGUAAUACGAAAGAGGAGGGAUGCUACUCCUACUCCGCAGGAGGAGGACAAGAAGAAGAUGAAAGGCAUCCAUUCACGGAGGGCGAGAACAAGCAAACGGUCGCUUCACUGCUCGGAGAUUAAACCAAAACGUAUCUCAAAACUGAUUACUGUGCGGAGAUCGAUGUAAAGGUUUCGAAGUGAACCUGAUUACAGAUUAUGCUGUAUUGCGUUUAGGAAAAGUAAUGGUGUGCGUGCGUGUGUGUACUAUUA